AUGGAUACCGUAAUGCUGGGUUAUAUUGCAUUGACGGACAAUCGUCAAUCACUAAGAAAACAAAGAAGUAAUCUUAGAAAGAAAACCGAUAUCACGAGUUUAUCAGAAACAGAAUUAACAAAGAACUUUUGUUUAAAUAAAGUAGCAUUUCAGUACGUUAUUCAGGAGAUUCGAGACGAAUUUCCUGCUCAAAGGCAUGGCGGACUAUCGGUAGAGGACAAACUUGCUGCAUGCUUGAGAUUUUUUGCAGAAGGGAGCUACCAGCAUGGAGCUGGCAAGGACUACGAUGUAGCCAUAGCUCAAUCAACAUUCUCUAAAGUGCUCAGUGAAAUGCUGGUUAUCCUGGAAAGAAAGAUUUGCCCUAAGUGGAUAACAUUUGCUAUGACGGAUCAAGAAAUGAGGGAAGCAAAACGAAAUUUUUACGAUAAAUCGGGAAUACCAGGAAUCAUAAUGUGUGUAGAUGGCACACAUAUCAGAAUUAUCCCCCCAACUUUAAAUCGAAACCUGUACUACAACAGAAAAGGAUUGUAA